UUUUCCUGAUCGCUGUAACGAAGCCGUUAUUCAUAGCCAAUUAGCAUCGGUCUACAAGAAAAUUUCUGAGUCGUACACAAGCUAUGUAUACCGAGUAAAUGCGCUGGGAAUGUCAGGCCACGUGAGUGAGGAGGCUAUCAUAACUUAUGUCAUCAGAGGACUUUCUCGUGACCCUCUCUAUGAUAGCCUUGUGACCAAGGAUUACCGCGAUAUUUACGACCUGAUUGACAACAUUAAGCGAUAUGAAUCCCAUCUUCUGUUGCGCAAAAACCCAGAACGCCGCAGCCCAUCUCACAUCAACACCAUUUCCCCGAGACCGAUUCCACCAAGACAAACGACGACAGAACCUCUUCGAUGUUAUAACUGCUCGAAUCAUGGACAUCAUUCAUCGCAAUGCACACAACCUCGCCGAGCUCCGGGUUCCUGUUUCCGAUGUGGUAGCACAUCACAUGUCAUUCGCAACUGUCCUGUCCCAGAUAGACGUCAACUAACGGUUGCUGCGGUACAGGGCAACGACAAUGAAACAGCGCAUCUAGAUUCUGGGGAAAAUGGAAACUUCGUUCAACUUGAGGCCUAUCAGGAGCUCUAAAAGCUUCAUAAAUGAAGCCAUUGUUCCGGUUACAAAACUAAGCGCUCCCCAACCAAGUGGAUUUCGAGGAAUAGGAAAUGUGAAUUUACAAACUCUUGGAACAGUACAGCUAAAACUUAGUUUUCGUAAUCAAACAUUCAUUCACAAUUUCUAUAUUUUACCAAAAAGCUACAUGUCCCUAUCCAUGAUAGUAGGGAGAGAUUUGUUAUCAGAAUUUAACAUCACACUCGCUCAAUUCCGUAAACAUUACAGCAAACUUAUGCUGAUGAAUUUAAAUAAAGAUAAAAUUCUGAACUUAAAAAAACCGGGUUUUUACCAUAAGCUCCAAACGUUGGGUCUUUUACGUAGUUCGAUCCAGGCUCCCUUACCAGAGGUAUGCAAAGAUUCGAAAUUGUCCGAUCCCAAUAUUUCUUCAAAAUUCAUUUCGAUAUCAGACAAAUCUGAACAUAAACAACAAUAUGACACAACUUUUUCUGAAAUGUGUUCUAUAAAUAUUAGCGAUGAGGCUAGCACUAUAAAUGUUGGAGAACAUCUUUCUAAAGAACAAGGCAUUGCUUUAAGAUCAAUAGUGUCCAAUAAUUACAUUAAUUUUCCGGAUAAACAUAUAAUACCAUCUGCUCAUAAAAUGCGAAUUAGCUUAACUCAUGAUACUCCUAUUUUCACAAAGCCUAGACGACUUUCUUUCGAUGAAAGGAAUAAAGUAAAAGUCAUUGUGAAGGAUUUAUUAGAGAAAAAUAUAAUAAGACCCAGUAACUCUCCUUAUGCUUCCGCACUGGUACUCGUUAGGAAGAAAAAUGGCGAAAUUCGUAAGUGUGUCGACUACCGACCUCUUAAUAAAGUAACAAUCCGCGACAACUACCCGCUUCCACUCAUAGAGACGUGCCUAGAACACUUGGGCAAUAAAAAAUUCUUUACGUUACUAGACCUAAAGAGUGGUUUUCAUCAAGUGGCAAUGGACGAGGAUUCAAUUAAAUUCACAGCGUUUGUUACUCCAGACGGCCAGUACGAGUACACGCGUAUGCCCUUCGGAUUAAAAAACGCGCCAGCUGAAUUUCAGCGUUUCAUUAAUACAAUUUUGCGGAAAUUCAUCGAGAAUGAAAAGCUGGUUGUAUACAUUGACGACAUUCUCAUAGCUUCUCAAGACUUUAAAGAACAUCUUGAAAUAGUUAGUGAAGUUUUGCAUACUCUACGAAAUAAUGGGUUGGAGCUACGGCUUGAUAAAUGUAAGUUUGCUUACGAUGAAUUGGAUUACUUAGGAUACAAGGCCAAUCAUUCAGGUAUAUGUCCUAGCGAUAAUCAUGUAAAAAUUAUCAAAAACUAUCCUGUUCCUCAGAACACAAAACAGGUACAACAAUGUUUAGGUCUUUUUUCGUUUUUCCGGAGGUUUGUUCCACAUUUCUCUAGUAUUGCAAAACCACUUACUAAUCUUUUGAAAAACAAUGUUCCAUU